CCUUAGUUUGAGGACCCCUGCACUAGUAUGAUAAGAGCCCUCUCCAUUAAGGAUUGAGCAGGGAGCCAGGGAGACUAGUUGGUGAUCUCAGAGAGAACUGAGGCAUUUUCUGCUUUCCAUCUUUGCAGGGAUCCUGAAAGACUAUUUGCGUGAAUUACCCACUCCUCUCAUCACCAACCCACUCUACCAAGUGGUGCUGGAAGCCAUGUCCAAUCGGGCUGUGGGGCAGGAAGCGAAGGAGGCUUCAACAACAACGGCUCUUCUGGACUGCUUACCAGAAGCAGAGAAGGCUACCCUGACCAUGCUGCUGGACCACCUCAGCUUGGUUGCCUCUUUCCAUGCCUCAAACCGCAUGAACGCUCAGAAUCUCGCUGUGUGCUUCGGGCCCGUAUUGCUGAGCCAAGGUGCAGGAGGGGCAGGGGCCCGCAGCCCCCGCCUGCAGCAUCGCACCAUCACCAGCACCAUGGACUUCAAGAACCAUAUUGAAGUGUUGCAUUACCUACUUCAGGCUUGGCCAAGUGAGUAUUAUUUAUCAUCAGAGAACACAAAUGAUACGUUCGACAACAUGAAUGAUGAAGUUAAAGCUCAGUACAAAAACAGUAUAGAAAUGUCGAGACAAGAUAUAAUUCACAGCCCAGAGGAGGAGAGGAGGGGCUCCUCCCUGAGAGAAAGAGACUGCGCACAGAAGCAGGAACAGCACAAAGAAAAAGGCGCCCACCCUCCUGCUGCUCACUCGCUCGCUCAUCAGUCGCCCUAA